AUGACAUUUUUCCCUUACUUAAGAUGCUAGAUAAGAAAAAUAAUUUAUUUAAUAGUUUAAUAUAUUUAUUUCAUUUAUUAAUUUUAAAUAAUUAACUAAUUAGUUAAUUUACUUAAUCUGCAUUAAAUUAAAUUUUAGCGGUAAGAUUUGUAUUUAAACAAUAUAAUUUGUUAAAUAAUUGAAUUUUUAAGAUAAUUUUUAGGCAUGAAAUAAGUAGAACAUAUUGAGAACAAUCAUUUAAUAUCUUUCAAAAACAUUUUUUCUGUAGAUAGCGAGCUACAAAUCGCAAAAUAAAUCUCAGAAGAAAGACUAAAGCUCUAAAAUAAGUUAAAAAAAGAGGAAUUAAAGCAGACAAAUUUAUUAAAAUAAAUUUUAAUCUAAAACGAAGAUGAAAUGAAGAAAAUAUAGUAAUUAAGUAUACAAAAUGAAAAUAUAGCGAAGUAGAUACAUGAAAAUCUAGAAAUAGAUAAUGGACUUGAAAAUGCUAUUAAAUAAAAACAAGAUUAAAUAAACAUGCUAAGAUAAGAGUAUCAAAAAUUAUGUGAAUAAAAAAAUGCUAUCCAGGAUCAACAUAUUAGUCAGAAAAAUGAAAGAAAAAAUGAGUGCUUAAACUAAUAAAAUAUAAAUUAAUUAUUGGUGAAAUACACAAGAUUGAAAUUUGGCUAGAUCAAUGAAAAUUACAUAAUUGCAUACUAUCUAAAUAACGAUUAAUAGACAAUACCUAUCUGUAUUGAGAGAGAGAAAAAUAAAAAUAAAAAUACUAAUGAAAAAAUUUAUAAAACUAAUGAAGAAAUUACUUAGGAAUUGCGCUAAAGGGUUGAAGAAAUAUAAACUUCUUACAUUUGA